AUGACUGAAGUGACAGAGCAGGUUCAAACCGCACUCGACAAUACUAGCCACAGUCCGCUCCGAGUCCCAGGGUUUGCAAGCAUCCCGAUCCACUGUGGACUCCCUUCCAACGAACGUUUUGCGCACGGAGUGGUGGAGUGGCGACAAGCCCCUGCAAUCACGGCCCGCGAGCUAACCAUGGUCGCCGUGAUGAACCAUCUCACCGAUCGGCCUGCGUGGUAUACGAAGAUCUUCGGCGAUGAAGUUGUCGCGGAAUGGAAACAAGAGACCUUUGACACAACCCCACUGAUGAGCGAAAAGGCAUGGGAAUGGUGCUUAAAGGAGUUGCACGAUAAAGCGGUUGAUCUCCGCGAGAAUCUCCAGAUCCAUAUCCGCGUUCUUGACACCGGAUCCUGCGUGUGCAAAGCGGAUGCCGAAACUCUAGACUCUCCCAGUGCGGCGUUCAGAGGGUCCGUUCCGACUUUAUUGGAGGAGCAGCAUGAACAAAGGGUUUUAGAUUGGCAGCCCGAAACCGUGUUGAAUGUGGUCGAUCCGUUGUUAUUUCCCUUGGUUUAUGGACGAAGCUUGGUCUUGACGGACGGAGGACAAGUGGACCUUGACAACGUGCUGGACUCCUAUCAAGAUGCAACGCUCGCGCCUAAGCCUUACGAUCGACGGGUCAAUUCCCAGUCUUUACAGGAGGAAAUAGACAGUCUGGGCACUCCAUGCUGGGGUAUUGGCCCUCCCAAUGGUGACGAGUCCGAGUUCUACCAUUGGAGUUCCAACUACCAAUGUCUUCCAUGCGAGGUGGAAUUUCUAUACGACCUCGGGACGGAGGUGCAGAUCACCUCUUACAUCAACAACUUGCACCCAGCUCAUAAGGGUAUUUACCAGGCUAUUGAGAAACUCAUCUCUAUAACAAUCAAGCCGGGCAGUUGGGGCCAGUUCCCCCUACGAAUCAUCACCUACGGGGUCGAAUGGGAGAAUGAGCUUCCUGAAUGGGCGCUCGCGUUCAGAGUACCUACCGAACCCAGGAUAAAAAUGUACCGCAAAGCGCAAGAAGCGCUACAGAGCAGCAAGGAUGACCAAACGAACAAGAAGCUACCUCCGCCGGACUCGGAGCUUUGGCAAAGAGCUAAGGAGUAUCUAGAACUCCCAGAGGACGGCUCAAACACCCCCGUCGCAGCCCCAGACGACUGGAUGAAGGAACCGGGAACCGCUUUUUCGUACGAGGAGUGGAAGACCAACCGACAUAAAAAUGAAGCCAUCAUCGACAUCGUCCGUCACCGGAAUGACUGGGAGUCGCCCUUUGAGCCUCUCACCCCUCCACACACUUCCUACACGAUCUCUCUCCAAGACACCUUCCGCAAGCAAGGCCUGCAAAUCAUCGUGAAGAUGGAGAACAUCGAACUCACCCCCCAAGACCACACAUAUACCAAUAACUCUUGGCAGCUCGACGGCCAGCUUAACGAACACAUCGCCGCCGUCGCAGUCUUCGCUUACGACGUCUCAAACAUCACCUCCCCCCAGAUUUCAUUCCGACAGCACACUACCCUCUAUGGAUGCUUCUAUCAGUAUGCCGAGGAACGAUAUAGUACAAGGGGCUACGAUGCCCGCAAUGUACGAGCCCACCGAUGUGGCAAAUGGUACGCCGCAGAAGUCGCGCCAAUAGUGGAUAUUUUAGGACUUGACGAUCCAGCUAACCUCUCGAACAAUUUUCACGGGGAAAAUUAUACCAGAGUAGCGCGUCCGUCGCAACUGUUGGAUGCGACUCUGCCUGGGCAUUAUCGCACAAUUAAGAUGUAUCUGAUUGACCCACACUACCGCGUAUGUCCGACUCGGAAUGUGCCGCCGCAGCAGCAUCACUGGUGGACACAGGAAGCGGGUAAGACCCUUGCUACAGCUGGACUGCCUCGUGAACUGGUGGAUGAGAUCUUCCGGGGAACCGAUGACUGGCUAAUGGGAAUGGAGGAGGCGGCACAACACCGUCAGGAACUGAUCAGAGAGCAUACCUGGAACGAGGUGUCAAGGGUGGCGCGUAUGCCUGGCCCAGCAUUUUGA